UCAGCGCGGUCAGCUGGCGCUGGGGGGCCGCGCGCCCAGAGGGAUCCAGGGAGACUCUCCCUGUGGAGUCCCACGCGUCCCGGGACCCCCGCUGCCCUCCUUGGGAGCGGUCCCCAGCCUUCUGCUCUGCCCUCAGGGUUGGCUGGCCUCUCGGCCUGCCUUUUGCUCAGAACCCUGUGUCAUUUUCUCUCUCUCCCUGUCACUGUCUGCAUCUCUGUCCCCAUCUCUCAAUCUCAUGCUGAGUCUCUCUGUCUCCAGCUGCCUGUCACUGUCUUUGUGUCUCUGUGACUCUCAUUUCUUUUUUUCUGUCUCCUGCUCUCUCUGUGUGGGAUUCCUUGUCUCUCUGUCCCUGCCCUCCCUCUCCUAUCUGAACCCUGGUCUCUGUGUCCCUUAGGGCUUGUCAAAUCCUUCUCCCCAGGGUCACCAGGAGGAGAGCCGGGACUGGACACAAACCAGGGCUGGGACAAUGGCAGUGCCUAGUCUGUGGCCCUGGGGAGCAUGCCUGCCUGUGAUCUUCCUCUCGUUGGGAUUUGGCCUGGAUACAGUAGAGGUGUGUCCCAGCCUGGACAUUCGCUCUGAGGUGGCAGAGCUUCGUAGACUGGAGAACUGCAGCGUGGUGGAGGGCCACCUGCAGAUCCUGCUCAUGUUCACAGCCACCGGGGAGGACUUCCGCGGCCUCAGCUUCCCUCGCCUCACCCAGGUCACCGACUACCUGCUGCUCUUCCGUGUCUACGGACUGGAGAGCCUGCGCGACCUCUUCCCCAACCUAGCAGUCAUCCGCGGGACGCGCCUCUUCCUGGGCUACGCACUGGUCAUCUUUGAGAUGCCGCAUCUGCGUGACGUGGGACUACCUGCGCUUGGGGCCGUGCUGCGUGGGGCUGUGCGUGUGGAGAAGAACCAGGAACUCUGCCACCUCUCCACCAUUGACUGGGGACUGCUGCAGCCAGCACCUGGUGCCAACCACAUUGUGGGCAACAAGCUGGGCGAGGAGUGUGCUGACGUGUGCCCUGGUGUGCUGGGUGCUGCUGGCGAAUCCUGUGCCAAGACCACCUUCAGCGGGCACACUGACUACAGAUGCUGGACCUCCAGCCACUGCCAGAGAGUGUGCCCCUGCCCCCAUGGGCUGGCUUGCACAGCGAGGGGCGAGUGCUGCCACACCGAAUGCCUGGGGGGCUGCAGCCAGCCGGAAGACCCUCGUGCCUGUGUAGCUUGCCGCCACCUCUACUUCCAGGGUGCCUGCCUGUGGGCCUGCCCGCCAGGCACCUACCAGUAUGAGUCCUGGCGCUGUGUCACAGCUGAGCGCUGUGCCAGCCUGCGCUCUGUGCCCGGCCGCGCCUCCACCUUCGGCAUACACCAGGGCAGUUGCCUGGCCCAGUGCCCUUCUGGCUUCACCCGUAAUAGCAGCAGCAUAUUCUGCCACAAGUGCGAGGGGCUGUGCCCUAAAGAGUGCAAGGUAGGCACCAAGACCAUCGACUCCAUCCAGGCGGCACAGGAUCUGGUGGGCUGCACGCAUGUGGAGGGAAGCCUCAUCCUCAACCUUCGCCAGGGCUACAACCUGGAGCCGCAGCUGCAGCACAGCCUGGGGCUGGUAGAAACCAUUACUGGCUUCCUCAAAAUCAAGCACUCCUUUGCCCUCGUGUCCCUGGGCUUUUUCAAGAACCUCAAACUAAUUCGGGGAGACGCCAUGGUGGACGGGAACUACACUCUCUACGUGCUGGACAACCAGAACCUACAGCAGCUAGGGUCCUGGGUGGCCGCGGGGCUCACCAUUCCCGUGGGCAAGAUCUACUUCGCCUUCAACCCGCGCCUCUGCUUGGAGCACAUCUACCGACUGGAGGAGGUGACCGGCACACGAGGUCGGCAGAACAAGGCUGAGAUCAACCCCCGCACCAACGGAGACCGCGCCGCCUGCCAGACUCGCACCCUGCGCUUCGUGUCCAACGUGACGGAGGCAGACCGCAUCCUGCUACGCUGGGAGCGCUACGAGCCACUGGAGGCCCGCGACCUGCUCAGCUUCAUCGUGUACUACAAGGAGUCCCCAUUCCAGAAUGCCACAGAGCACGUGGGUCCAGAUGCUUGUGGAACCCAGAGCUGGAACCUGCUGGAUGUGGAGCUGCCCCUAAGCCGCACCCAGGAGCCAGGGGUGACCCUAGCCUCCCUCAAGCCUUGGACACAGUACGCAGUGUUUGUGCGGGCCAUAACGCUAACCACUGAUGAGGACAGCCCCCAUCAAGGAGCCCAGAGUCCCAUCGUCUACCUCCGAACGCUGCCUGCAGCUCCCACGGUGCCCCAGGACGUCAUCUCCACGUCCAACUCCUCCUCCCACCUCCUGGUGCGCUGGAAGCCACCCACCCAGCGCAACGGGAACCUCACCUACUACCUGGUGCUGUGGCAGCGGCUGGCAGAGGACGGCGACCUCUACCUCAAUGACUACUGCCACCGCGGCUUGCGGCUGCCCACCAGCAACAAUGACCCGCGCUUCGACCGCGAAGACGGAGAUCCUGAGGCAGAGAUGGAGUCCGGCUGCUGCCCUUGCCAGCACCCACCUCCUGGUCAGGUUCUGCCCCCGCUGGAGGCGCAAGAGGCCUCGUUCCAAAAGAAGUUUGAAAACUUUCUACACAACGCGAUCACCAUCCCCAAAUCCCCUUGGAAGGUGACGUCCAUCAACAAGAGCCCCCAAAGGGACUCCGGGCGGCACCGCCGGGCAACUGGGCCCCUCCGGCUGGGGGACAACAGCUCGGAUUUCGAGAUCCAGGAGGACAAGGUACCCCGUGAGCGAGCGGUGCUGAGCGGCCUGCGCCACUUCACGGAAUACCGAAUCGACAUCCAUGCCUGCAACCACGCGGCGCACACCGUGGGCUGCAGCGCCGCCACCUUCGUCUUUGCGCGCACCAUGCCCCACAGAGAGGCUGAUGGUAUUCCAGGAAAGGUGGCCUGGGAGGCCUCCAGCAAGAACAGUGUCCUCCUGCGCUGGCUCGAGCCACCAGACCCCAACGGACUCAUCCUCAAGUACGAAAUCAAGUACCGCCGCUUGGGAGAGGAGGCCACAGUGCUUUGUGUGUCCCGUCUUCGAUAUGCGAAGUUUGGGGGAGUCCACCUGGCCCUGCUGCCCCCUGGAAACUACUCUGCCAGGGUUAGGGCAACCUCACUGGCUGGCAAUGGCUCUUGGACAGACAGUGUUGCCUUCUACAUCCUUGGCCCAGAGGAGGAGGAUGCUGGGGGGCUGCAUGUCCUCCUCACUGCCACCCCUGUGGGGCUCAUGCUGCUCAUCGUUCUUGCUGCCCUUGGUUUCUUCUACGGCAAGAAGAGAAACAGAACCCUGUAUGCUUCUGUGAAUCCGGAGUACUUCAGCGCCUCUGAUAGUAGGUCUGGGAGUGGGUGGACAGGUGGUAUGGGAAAGGGAGACAGGAGAGGAGCAGAGACAGACAUCCAGGAGACCUUCUUGCAGAAGAUAGCCUUGGGACCGGAACCCUUCAGAAGAGAAGAGAAGUUGGCGGGUGAGGUGUGGCAGAGAGCGCAUCUUUGCUUUGCAACCCUCCAACUCUUUGCAGUGUACAUCCCUGAUGAGUGGGAGGUGCCUCGGGAGCAGAUCUCGAUAAUCCGGGAACUGGGCCAGGGCUCUUUUGGGAUGGUAUAUGAGGGCCUGGCACGAGGACUUGAGGCUGGAGAGGAGUCCACACCCGUGGCCCUGAAGACAGUGAAUGAGCUGGCCAGCCCACGGGAACGCAUUGAGUUCCUCAAGGAAGCUUCUGUCAUGAAAGCCUUCAAGUGUCACCAUGUGGUGCGUCUCUUGGGUGUGGUGUCUCAGGGCCAGCCAACUCUGGUCAUCAUGGAGUUAAUGACCCAUGGGGACCUCAAGAGCCAUCUUCGAUCUUUGCGGCCUGAGGCAGAGAACAACCCUGGGCUCCCACAGCCAGCAUUGGGGGAAAUGAUCCAGAUGGCUGGUGAGAUUGCAGACGGCAUGGCCUACCUUGCUGCCAACAAGUUUGUGCACCGAGAUCUAGCAGCCCGCAACUGCAUGGUGUCCCAGGAUUUCACCGUCAAGAUCGGGGACUUCGGGAUGACUCGAGACGUGUAUGAGACAGACUAUUACCGCAAGGGUGGGAAGGGGCUGCUGCCCGUGCGCUGGAUGGCCCCUGAGUCCCUCAAAGAUGGGAUCUUCACCACCCACUCGGAUGUCUGGUCCUUCGGUGUGGUACUCUGGGAGAUUGUGACCCUGGCUGAACAACCCUACCAGGGCCUGUCCAAUGAGCAGGUGCUCAAGUUCGUCAUGGAUGGCGGGGUCCUGGAGGAGCUGGAGGGCUGUCCCCUUCAGCUGCAUAAUGGCCCACGAUCCCCACUCCUACCAACUGACCCUCAGUGCAGGAGGCUGAGAGUGCGGCAGGGGCUCCCGGAUGCCUCUGACCCUGCUCCCCACACCCACCAGGCAGGAGCUGAUGAGCCGCUGCUGGCAGCCGAACCCACGCCUGCGCCCAUCUUUCACGCACAUUCUGGACAGCAUACAGGAGGAGCUUCGGCCCUCCUUCCGCCUCCUCUCCUUCUACUACAGCUCGGAGUGCCAGGGGGCCCGGGGCUCCCUGCCUCCCACCGAUGCAGAACCUGACUCCUCACCCACCCCAAGAGGGGCUUCAUCAGACUGCAGCCCUCAAAAUGGGGGUCCAGGGCACUGAGGGGCACCCCAUUCCCUGGCUGGCUGGCCUCCCAUGGGGAGAGAGGAAGGGACCCGACCUCUGUGGCUGAGACGUCUGAAUGUUCAUCCCCACCCCCACUCAUGGCAAGGGGUGGCCGAGGGUGGGGCAGAGAACAGGAGCAGGGAAGGCUGUGGGGGUGGGCAGAGGGGUCUCACCAUAGGAGCUUCUCAGACUCUGAGUCCCUCGGGGGAAAGCAAGCAGGGGCAAAGCCAGAGGAGUGGAGAUCAGGCCAGGGACAGACAUCCUGCCCUCAGAGAAAGGGACCCCACUCAGACUAGGAAGAGGGGACCCGCCCACCCUAGAGGUCCUGCCCCUCAGUUUGGGGUCUCCUGUGGACAGGUAGGGCCAUCGACAUGUUUGAAAUUAGAUGAGCAAUCAGAAGCAGGCCUGGGGCGCUCUCCAUGCAUGUGUGGGAGGCGGGGUGGGGGGUUCACAUGACUCCCUUGCUUGCCACUGCUUUUCAACUCCUCCCCUUAGCUCCACUGACCAGGUGGCAUGGGGAGAAUCCAAGGGCCUGGGGAGUGGUUCCCAGCCUGCCUGCCCUCACCUCCUCCUCUCCUCUUGCCCUGCCCAGGGCUCCCCAAGCUUGGUGCUCCUUCCUCCUAUCUUCCAGGGGCAUCCCUUGGAGUAUGGUCACCCUUUCUCCAGUCCCUCCCCUCAAUGAUUAGCCCUGGAUGCUUAAGGCUUUCAGAGCCUGGUCUUCCUCCCUCCCCUCACCCUCGCCCAGCCCUGCCCCCACCCCUGCCUCUCAUGGGAAGACUGGAGAAGGCGCAAUAAAUGCCGAGGCCUGUUUGUACCCUGGUCCCAGGCAGCCAUUA